UUUCCACUCUGGCGAACUCCGGACGUCGUCACUCCAUCAGCAGAGAGGAAAUGGGGAGGCGAAGCGGCCUUCUCGACGCUGCGAGCGCUCCAACGUUUUAAUUCAGUUUACCGGACCGACGUUUUCAUGGUGGACUAAGGCCGAGUUUGCCAGAGCCCAUGGAGCCCCAUGAGGAGAAGCCCAUCAUCUACACGAUGGAGAACAAACCUAUAGUGACGUGUGCCGGGGACCAGACACUCUUCACUGCUCUUUACAGCAUGCUGGCACAGCAGCUUCCUCGAGAACCGAUGGAGUGGAGAAGGUCUUAUGGUCGUGCUCCAAAGAUGAUUCACCUAGAGGCCAACUUUGUGCAGUUCAAAGAGGAGCUGCUUCCUAAAGAAGGGAACAAAGCUCUUCUCACAUUCCCUUUUCUGCACAUCUACUGGACUGACUGCUGCGACACAGAGACAUAUAAGGCGACAGUGAAGGAGGACAUGCAGCGAUGGCAGAAUGUGCUGCGACUCCACGGUUCUACCGACUGGCUCAUCGUGGUGGUGGAGAGCGACGGCAAGAAGAAGAACAAAACCAACAUCCUGCCCCGCACCUCCAUCAUGGACAAGAUCCGCAAUGACUUCUGCAACAAGCAGAGCGACAGGUGUGUUGCUCUGUCAGACCCCCUGAGGGACUCCUCUCGCUCACAGGAGUCGUGGAACUCUUUCCUGACGAAGCUGCGCACUCUGCUCCUCAUGUCCUUCACCAAAAACUUGGGACGCUUUGAGGACGACAUGCGCACGUUGCGGGAGAAACGCACUGAGCCUGGCUGGAGCUUCUGCGACUACUUCAUGGUCCAGGAGGAGCUCGCAUUUGUGUUCGAGAUGCUGCAGCAGUAUGAAGACGCACUGGUCCAGUACGAUGAGCUGGAUGCUCUCUUCACCCAGUAUGUGCUCAACUUUGGCGCUGGAGAUGGAGCCAACUGGCUGGGUUCAUUUUGCCAGCCGGUGCGCAGUUGGAAUGGACUUCUCCUGCGCAGGCCCAUAGACAUGGAGAAAAGGGAGCUGAUCCAGCGCGGUGAGGCGAGCCUACUUGACCUACGCAGCUACCUCUUCUCCCGCCAAUGCACACUGCUCAUCUUCCUGCAGAGGCCUUGGGAAGUUACGCAGAGAGCACUGGAGCUGCUGCACAACUGUGUCCAGGAGCUGCGCCUGCUGGAGGUAUCAGUCCUUCAGGGGGCGCUGGACUGCUGGGUGUUCCUCAGCUGUUUGGAGGUGCUGCACAGGAUCGAGGGCUGCUGCGAUCGCUCCCAGCUAGAGGCCAACUUCUCCCACACUGUGGGCCUGUGGACAUAUGCUACUGAGAAGCUGAAGUCUCUAGGCUACAUGUGUGGUCUUGUGUCUGAGAACGGGCCCAACUCUGAGGAACUAAACCGCACUGUGGACCUGCUGGCAGGCCUUGGGGCAGAGAGACCAGAGACAGUGAACAGUCUUCAAAGCCCAUAUAAAAAACUCAAAGAAGCCUUGUCAUCAGUGGAGGCAUUUGAAAAACACUAUCUGGAGCUGUCUCAUGCUGCUCUGGAGAUGUACAGAGCCAUAGGCAGAUUGCGUUCAGCUCGGCUGGUGGGGAAAAGCUUGGCUGAGUUCUACAUGAGGAAAGGUGACCCCCAGACAGCACAAACUUUCCUGCUGGACUCUCUGAAGUCAUACACGGCAGAAGGCUGGAGCUUGCCAGUGACGCACACACGCAAGCAGAUUGCUCAGUGUCAGAAACAGCUCCAGCAGACGGAGGAUUACCUGCAAACAAGCGCCCUUCUGGCCAGUGAUGCCAACCUGACAGACGAGGAGAGGAAGCACUACUGCCAGGAAAUUCUCACCUUCGCUAACCAGGCCUCGGAAGACAAAGACCAGCGCAUGGCUUUAAGCAUGAGUGCAUUUGCUCAGCUGCGGGAGUUGCGUUUCCGGCCAGCAACAGCAACAGUGCACGUGGGUGCCUCCUUGCAGUUAGAACUGCGCCUUUGCGGCCUGAUGCCUGUUCCCGUGCGGCUGGAGCAGCUGGCGGCCAGUGUCCAUUUCACACUAGAGCAGCCGGGCGCACGGCCCGGACUGGCAGGCUCACAGCGGCGCCCAGGGGUCAGCCCAGAUGGCACCGUCACGUUCCCUGCCACGAGUCCCUCGUAUGGGUCACCACAGUCCUCAGCUGCUCCUGCCCUGGAGCUCUAUGAGAUGCAGGACCGCAGCCCCUCGGACAACGCCCUCAACUCCACCGGUGUGGUGUGCAAGAAUGUUCACCUGCUGCUGCGAGGGAACGACAGCACAUCGUCCCUGGACACCCCUAGCGCCUCAGCCUCAGCUCUCACCAUGGAAGAUGGGGCGCAGAUGCUGAAGACCAAUGAUGUGACGCUGUUGCCUGGCAACAACAGCAUCGUCUUUACUGCACCGAGUAUGAAGCCAGGCACCUACACACUGCGGCAGUUGUGUGCUACAGUGGGACGAGUGCAGUUUGUGUUGCCUCACAUUUAUCCCAUUGUGCAGUAUGACGUCUACUCUCAAGAGCCUCAGCUGACCAUUGAGCCAUUUACAGAGAGCCUGCUGGCAGGGCUCCCUCAGAGGGUGAAGUUCACGAUCGUAACUGGACACUAUACGGUGAAGAAGGGCGAUGCUCUGCAGUUGAGUAACUCCCCCUCCAUGCCCAUCCUGCACUCUUCCUCUUGCUCUGCUCGCAUCCUCUCCAGCACUGGAGAGCUGGUGGGUGAAUCUGCUCUGUCCAUCCAGGCCUCUGAGAAGGUGACGAGCAUUUCUCUGCCUGUAACUCCGCCCUACCACACCCUGGAAUUCCAGCUGGAGGUGCUGUGCCAUAUCCCAUCAUCCUCGGUACGGGCCGAGAGCGAGCGCCUUACUAACGGAGAAAUCCGCCACCGGCCUAAGAGCCGCACGCGCUACAACAGCGGCAUGGCCUCCAUUGACCAGAAGGUGUCUAUUGACUGUCCCUGGUCUAUAUACUCCAUUCUCAUAUCUCUCACCUUCUACACACCCUUUAGAGCCAAGCACUCACUAUUGUCUGCUGGGAAAAGGAAGUACAUCCAAGUGUGCCUCCAAAACGUAUCGGAUACAAACUUCCGGCUUGCCAAUCAGACGCUUGUGGAGUGUCAACCCACACCUUCACUUGAGCUGCUCUCUCUCAACGCUAAAGCUCACCAGCUGGUGUACAGUAAGCAGUGCAUGUACAGUCUGUGGGAGAUGAAGUGGAGCAGUGAGCUGCCGCCAUGUUUGCAGUGUGUUUUCGCUGCCAGCUUCUCACCUGCUGAAGCUCCAGACUCUGCACUCAAACCGUACAGCUAUGAGUUCCAGCUGGAGAGAGUCUCGACACUAUACAGUAUGAAAGCUGAGAUCCAGCCUGCUGUGGGGGAACAACAGUGUCGUGCUGGCACCCUCUGUAGACUUGAGGUGUCAAUCACACGUCUGACAGAACCCAGUGAAUCAGAGAGGGAGGAUGAGGAAGCCACAGAGAGUGAAAGCCUCCGGACGACCAAACUCAUGUAUGAGGUGGUUGAUAACAGCAGUAACUGGGCAGUGUGUGGAAAGAGUUCAGGGUUAGUGUCCAUGCCAGUGGCUGCCAUGGCAACGCACAAAGUUCAGAUGGAGGUCAUGCCGUUGUUUGCGGGCAAACUGCCCUUCCCCAGCAUCAAAGUGUUCAAGUACCUGCCCCACAGCGCACUGCCUAUGACCCAGCCUGACACAGACUCCUGCCUGGAGAAUGACAACCUCUCCCUGCUGGACAAAGGUCUUGAAGACCAGGCGGACACGGCCAGCAUCCGCAGCCGAGGAAGCAUCCACUCCCUGGGCAGCGGUGAGCAACAGCAGCCAAGGGGUGUGCCCAUGCCCAGGUUAGAGCCCUUCAGCCCAGGGCAGGUGUUUAACUGCAGCCUGGCGCGCCAGGUCCUGGUGUUGCCCAGCACAGAUGACCACGUGCUAGAGAUCAACGUCACAUGACACCCAUGGAAAGCCCCGCCCCGCCUGGUCCUGGACCCUGGUUUCUGUGAUCUGAUUGGGCAGGAGACAGGGGAAGGAAGGGGCUCUGGUGUGGGGCAGUGGGGCGUCUCUGGACUCGGUGGGCAGACGUUGGACGUCGGCCCGGCCUGAACACAGAAACACAAAAAAAAAAAAAAACAACUCAUCGCUGGAGCCUGAGAAUCCAUCUGCUGUCUUACAGUUUCUGUAUUAUUCGUCCUUUCUAUUCUUUGCUCACUCUAUACUGGGAGGUAAUACCAGACUUGAAAGCCCCCAGUCUCUGUCUCUCUCCCUCCCUCCCUCUCUCUCACUCGCUCUCUCCCCCCAGUCAGUGAGCAGCCUCGGACUUCCCAUGAUGCCUUGCUGCCUCUUGCUUCCCAUUUCAGACUUCCUUCGGAGGAAGUCUUCAGUACUACAGCUGUGACCGAGUCAUGCUAGCUGAGUCUCUCUCUCUCUCUCUCUCUCUCUCUCUCUCUCUCUCUCUCUCUCUCUCUCUCUCUCUCUCUCUCUCACUCUCACUCUCUCGCACACAUACAGAUCUUCACAGCAACUUUUGUGGAAGAGUUGGCAGACAUUGUGACAGUGUACGUAUGCGUUGUGGGAUGUUGAGUAUGGUUUACUGUGUCUGACCCCAGGCUCACAUGCAUGUAUGCACUCCAAAACAAGAUCAAGGCCUGCGAUUGGCUCAUGAGAGGGUGAAAAAGAAGAGGAGGGGUCACGUCCUGCUGGCUUAUUUGCCGUUUAGGAAUCGUCCUGCUUGCUUCUUGUGCUCCAUCAUGCUUUCCAGUGUUGCUAUAUAUGUGUGCACUCUUAAAAAUAAAGGAGCCAAAAAGGGUUCUUUAUAGCUAUGGAAUGCCAGGUUUGGGUCCCUCAAGAACCUUUCAAUGGAUGGUGCUUUAAAGAAACGGUUUUGUUAAUGAGAUGAAUGUGGUUUGAAGAGCUGCAUAAUGUAAAAAUUCUACUUCUAUAGGAAUUCAAUUUCUUAGAACCACGUAGGACUGCAAAAAGACAGAAACCACCCUACAUUUAUUUAAUUUCCUGUCAAGAUUUGUCAUUAGGUACAAGUUAUUCUUUCUUUCAGUAGUGAUAAUGUACUUAGUUGUUGAGGCCUCUUGGUAAAGUUUAACCAAGCUUUACACAGAAGCCUCGACAACUAAGUACAUUAUCAGUCUUAACAUUGUUUACUGUUUCCACUCAGACUUUAUUACAGCUUCCAUUCUUUUCAGGAGACUUGCUUUCAGGUUUUCAAAGAAAUUUGCAGGGAUGUUUUUUCACACCUCCAAAGUUCAGUCUUAGAAGCUGGUUGCAUUUUCUGCAUCCCACAAUCCAAGUAAACCCACAUUUGAUUAUGUUGAGGUCUGGACACUGGGGUGGUCAGUCCACUUUCCUGAGAACACCAGCAGCCCCCCCCCCCCCCCCCCCCCCCCCCCCCCCCCUCAAUAAAGGCUUCUUGACAGUUACACAUCCUUUCAGAAGCAACUCAUAGUGCUGAGUUGUCUUGUCACAGUGGAAGGAUACACAGAAACACCUGUAGCUUUGAACUUGAUCUUCUCUAGUCAACAAAAGGGGGCAGUUUUGUGCUCUACCAGGUUUUUCGUGGUUAUUAGAAGUCCCUCGUUCCCUGUAUCUGUUUUAAUUAUUUUUGAGAUCCAGUUUUGGAAACACCCUUCGUCCUGCAAGUGGAAUAUCUUAGAUCUAAUUACCUCAGAAAUGUCCCCUGAAAAAUAACUAACUUGUACUGAAUGGCUGUUUUGACAGGAUAUUAAAUAAAUAAAGGGUGUUCUCUGGUGUUUGUACAGUAUUGUAUGUCCAAGCCAAGAAUAAUUUAGGAUCCUUUAUUUUUAAGCAUGUGUGUAUAUGUGUGUGUACAUCUGGGAAAGGGGGCAAAGUAGCUACAGCAGCCCUCCUGUUCACACACACACACACAGUCCUGCCUCUCGUUGUGUACAUAGUGUUAAAUAUCCAGAUAUUACUGAAUGAUGAAUCACUGUUAUGACUGUAUAGGCUGCACCAAAUACGGUUAGAGGAGAAGUCGACUUCAUGCAAGUAUGAGUCUCUGAAGCUGAAGAACUUAAUUAUUCUUUCUAGCAAACUAUUUUGCCUUAUUUUUUAUGUUUUUCAUUUAAAGCUCUGCUUGUUUUGGAGGGAAGAGGAUCAGACACUGCAGGUGAAACAGACUCAAACUUUUCUUCACUCUCAGGUGCCGUUAGGUCCUGAUAGAUCCUACUUAUUCAGUUUAGUCUAAAAUAAAUAAAAGGAAGGAUGUAGCUUCGCCUCUGUAGUGAUUUGCACACGUCUGGAAAUAGUUUAAAAGUUUUUUUUGUGCAUCAGACAUGUUGCUAUAGCAACCCAUAAUUAAUUGCUAUGUGAGUAAUCAUGGCAAAUUGAGCUAUGUGAACUCAGAACCAUGUCUUAUAGCAGCGGUGUGGAUUACCAGCUUGAACAGCUUUAAGCCUUUUCAGAAGUUGAUAUAGGAAUUCUCUAUGCAGUUCCAAAUUUGAUUGCUAGAGCUCACUAUCUGCCACUUUUACAUCUCCAGCAGAACUUUAACUUUGUGUGACAUUCCAAUUAUGCCUGUUUGACAGCACUCCUGAAAAUGGCUAAGCACAUAAUGCCAGUCAAUGAGUCUAUUUUUGUACUCUGGUGUCAGUGUGAGGUUUACGUCUGUUUGCUCUGUGUGUUUGAGUGAGGUAAAUGUACAACGCUAAGUGAGUUGGGUAAUUUAGCAAAAGACAAAUGAGGACUUUGUGGGGGGGUAAAACAAAGUGAGGCACAUGUCCCAUAGUGCUGUGGAAGUGGGUUAAUUGUGACAGACUUCAGCCAGAGGCUGAGUUAGGAGGGAGACAGUAAUUGCGACAUUGCUGCAGCUGAGCGUCAAGGUGUUGGGUUUGAGGUUUUUGUGCACUAAUGAUGAGAAGGGCCUGUGAAGGCUAAAGGCCUGAGGCUGUGCUCCAAAUAGCAGGAAGCACCCAGUUCCCUACUUUGUAGUGCACUAAAUGAGUAACUUGGUUUAGGCUGGGUUAUUGUCACUACUAAAUAUGGGAAAGGAGGAAAAUGAGAGAGAGCAAAGAGAAAGCCUGUUGAGCACUUGAGAUAAACACAUGUAAGUAAAUGAGGGUUCUGGUUAUGGUAAAUGCUUUUUGGCUGUCUUUAGUGCUGUUGGUUUCUGGGAACUGGUCUGGAAAGUAAGAACUGUAAUGAAUGAUAAAUACUUGCCGCAUUAUUGCUUGUAUGUGUGCACUUUGUUGCAGAUCCUAUUAUUUUCGUGUCUAGCUACAGUAUUUAUUUUGUGAAUAAAUUGUGUCUCACGAAUUAUUCAGGGGUCGCAUGUGUGGAACUUCAUUAAGAGUGAUGAUGUAGGAUCAGUUGUCUUCCCUCUCCAGUCCUCAUGUGUGAUUAUAUGGACUUGGGGAGUAGCUGAUCCUAGCACUCUUAUGUGAUGCUCAGCUGCUCAAUAGGAGGCUAUCAGGGGAGACUGUAGCCUUUGUCAUCUCUCACUCACGCUUCAGCAGAAGGACUUUUGGGGCUACAUCAUGUGAAUCACUGGGUCAGCCAAUAAUGUCAGAAUAAUUUUCACUGGCUCUUUGUAAAUUAUUCCAUCUGUUGAGCACCACAGAUUGUAUUUAGAUUAAUUAUUUAAAUUAAAGACUAUGUACGCAUUAUACACUUGAAAAAAUAUACAUAUGUUUUAAAAAA